AUGAACUCGAACGUGUCUACCGAACCAUCCCAAGCCUCUGGCCUUCGUGCCCACCGUCACCACCACCAUCCCCAGCAGCCGAUGCUCAACAUGCGCAUCCCGCGAAGCGACGCCGACUCUGACCGCCUCGAGACGUUCCUGGCUACUCGUCGCAACCGCGACCAGUUCUGGGAGCCCUUCAUGUUCGAGACCGUCGACCAUGUCUCCGUCGGUCGUACCUUCCGGUACGCGUUCCAGCACCUCUACGGUGCCCUCCAGGACUCCUGGGACCUCGAGUGUCUCCCUCGCCAGUUCGAUCGAACCUACGGCGAGAUUAUGGGUGACUACAUCACCACCGCCCGCAGCACUCACGUCCAACUCGGUCGCCUGAGGCAGGACCUCUACGACCUCCUUCGUGCUUUCGGCGGCGCAGCGCGCCACCAGCACCUUGUCGACGAACAGCUCUCUGCUGACAACAGGGACGACGACGACGAGACUAGCUCAGUCUCAAGCUCGUCAACCUCGAGCUACGGUUCUCUUCUCCCUCGCAGUGAGUACUUCACUGCCCCUUCUCAUCUCCCUACCCGUCCAUCGUCGCCCAUCACCAACGGGAACGGUCAUCAUACUCCUGUCACACCUCCCAACUCGAGUGCUGACAAUGAUACCAUGAUGACAGAUCAAACCGUUUGGGCGCCAACGUCGGCGAACCCUUACGCCAACGGGGACGGACGCGAUGCCGAGGAGAGAGGGUGGAGGCGGGAGGAGCGACUCGACGGCUGGCACUGGGUCAGGGUCGAGCACCUCGACGAGAAUGAGAAUAGGGAGGAGGAACCUCAGGAGGAGGAACCCCAGGAGGAGAUGGCAGUCGAUGAAUGGGGCGCCGAACCCUUCGAGUGGCCCGCUACACCCAUCCCCACUCCUCCCACUGUCGACAACGAACUUGCCUUCUUCAAGGAGGAACCUGUCGACAUCUCUCUCCCUCCCUCUCCUCCUCGGCUCCCAAUCAGCCACGAGCGUUCAACCGCCCGUUCAACGUCACCUUCCCCCUCGGUCCACUCCUCGUCCUCGUCCUCGUCGUCCAUGUCAUCAUUCGACAUCACGCCCGCCCCUGCGCACCUCGCCACCAACAUUGAGGCGCCCUACGUCGAUCGUCGGAGGGACAACUCCACGGAAAUCAAGGUCGAGGCUGAUGCCAACGGUUACCCACUCCCUAUUCAGGGAUACCAGCCUUCGGAGGAGUUAAACCAGGCGGCAACGCAGUACCUGAAUGAUCUUCUCCUCUCGCCAUCGGAGUCGAGCUCAGGGUCCAGGUCAGAGGACAUCGAGGCGUCACGAGCGUUCUGGGACUACCCCUCGCCCCCAUUCCUCUCCGACAAGUCGACAUGGUGGCGCCUCUGGAACCGCAAGCAUCCGGGCCCUGCGGACCCCCAGUCCCUCGUCGAGAUACGACCCGAUUGGAACUGUGGCGAGCCCGUAUGGAUCAAGAAGAGGAAUCUCGGCGUCAGCUGCGAUCUCUGCCGUCUGGAGGGACACGUCCGAUGGGAGUGCAGAGAUUACUUCUGCACCGGUUGUUGUACCUUCGGCCCUUCCCAUCCUCUCCGACUCUGCCCCUCUCGUCGCUCUCACCCCCCGACCCCAGGUUCAAAGGUCCCGGAAUGGCGACGUGCGUCGGCGGUUAAGGAGAUGCAACGCGGUGGCCGACCUCGACAAGGUCGACUCGAGAAGGCCCAGCAGAAGAUGAACCCCCAAAAGACGGUUAGGUUUAUCUGA